AUGCCUCCAUUUUCGUCUCUAAGUGUGGAUCGAGCGCUCGAACCGAUUCCUGGCAAACGCGUGCUCCGAGUCCAAGACUUGUGUGUACUCUUGCAAUUGCCCCUGCAGCGACCAGCUGCCCAAACGAUUGCCAUGAACUACCUCGGCCUGGUACCCCCUCUAAUUGAGUCAGGUCGCGUCGAAGACUUCACAAAAGCUGGGCAAACGUUGUCGGUUUCCCAGUCCCCGCUCGAUACCUCCUUAUGCGUCUUUGUUAGCCCUACGGAUGCGAGCUCCAAUCGAAGUGAUCCAACUCCUCAAGAGCAGCCGAUAUACUUCGCGAGUCAAGCCGUCGCGCCGGUUUCAGAAAGACGACUGUUUGUGACGGAUACGUUGCUUAUUUUCACUGCUUUCCAAAAGCUGGGCCAGACCGCUGGGCUUAAUGAUUCAGGGUGGUCACAAUCUGGAGACAACAUGGCUGCUAUGCGCAAACUUGCAAUCGACUACGUGAACUUCAUCAAAGAAUGCUGGGUGCACGCGUCGCAACCCCUUCCCCGCUCCGAGCCCCUUCAAUUCAGCGCUGGCCAAUACAGGUCCCUGUAUACCUCCUUCUCCCUCUUCGUUGUUCUCUACCUUCCUGAGCCCGGUUUCGAGGAUAUACCAGUCGGAGAGGAGCUGAUGGAGUGGCUGAACAUUCAUUUCAUCGAACCGUCGACAGAGGAAGGCGAUCAUCUGAGUGCGCUGGAUAGGCCCUGGGAGGACGAGACGUUUUGGCCAUACCUUACGCGAACAAUCCUCCGAGGGCUCUCCAAAGCCUCCGCCUUCUUCCUAGCCACCCUCGCACGGCACCCCUCCCCACACCUUCGUGCCCUCGCCGAAUCCCUAAUCCCCAUCCUCACCGCGCAGCCCCUCCUCCGCAACUUCUCCUCCGAGCGUGACUUCACACACGCUGCCCAUAGAUGGAGGGACCGCGUCAAAGGGCUCCGUAUUGAGAUGGAUAUCGUACCUGAAGACGAGAGGGAUGAGGAUAAGAGCGGGGAUGCAGAGAACUGGUGGACGCGCCUGAGUGACAUUGUUGGUAUACUGGAGGGGAGGGAAAGCGUGGUUCUGAGGGUGUGCGAGGAUCUAGGCGCGGAUUGGAAAGAGGUAUGCGCGGCGUGGGGGAUCUUCGUGGAUACUCGGUUGAGGAGGCAGGAUUUACCGGAUAUAGUGGCACAAGCUAUGGACGUCCUUCCCCCGGACCCCACCAACCUCGAAGACAUGGUCCACGCCAACCUGAUGUCCGACAAGCCCGAACAAGCCCUCGAAUACGCAGCGCGGUUGGACCUUUGGCUCGCGGCCCAUAUGGCGGAUGUGAUGGAGCGUCUGGGGAUGGUCGACGCCGUUCCAGAUGAGUUCGGCGAAAUAACCAUCCGGGACCACUACCUCCUCGCGUACGCCGAGAGCCUGCACGCUGAUGCGUCGCUUUGGAGGCUUACAGUUGAGUAUAUGUACGCGUGCGGCGAUGUUGGGCGGCUGCGCGCGGACGAGGUAUUGCUGAGGGUUCCCUUACGACUCCAAACGCAGAAUCACCAGCCAAAAUUGCGAUCGCAAGGGGCCGCUGAAGUGGGAGAGGGCGAUCAAAACGAGGAAGUGAAGACCGGGGAUAUCGUGGGCGUGUUGAAGGAAAUCAACGAGACGUGCUUAGAGCAUCAGCGAGAGGAAGUUCGAAGAGUCGUGUGCAGAGUAGCGGCGCGGUUACUUAUAGACGCGAAGCAGCUGGGGCUAGCGAUUUCGUAUUAUACAUCUGCGGAGGAUUGGGCGGGUGUGGGAUAUGUUGCCAAUCGGGUGUUGCAAGAGUUUUGGACCUCUGGUCCCCUCCCCUUCACAAAACUCGCCGAAGAUGUCGCAUCUUCUAUCCACUCCCUCGCCGAGUCCGGCUGCCCCCACGUCUUUGUCUACCGCCUCAUCUUCGCUGUGCGUUAUGGCCGCUUUCAGCAAAUUUACCACAUGAUGAGGGGGAGGGUGGGAGAGGGGCUAGGGUUGGGAGAUGCGCUAGCGGAGGUGGUAGGCAUGUUCGAAGAGGGGAUCGCGCCCCGGGGGUGGUGGGCCGUGCUGCUGAGUGAUGUGUUGGGGAUCAUGACGGAAGAUCCAUCCGCAUUACCCUCAACAGCCAGCUCGAUGACGCUGCUCCGCAAACUCGACGAGAUCACCGCGCAUACGCGUGCCACAAGCACAGGAGGCUCGCGAGGAGAGGCGGAGGCGGACGAUUAUCUAGGUAUUCUGUGCAAGGCUCUGAAUGAGGAUGAGAAAGGUGCACGACAGUGUCUGCAGAGUGUUCGUCUGACAUUGGCAAAGGGCCUUGCAAGGAGGUAUACAUUGGACUCAGGGGGAAAGUGA